GGCCCGACUCCCCGGCGGGGUGGCGGCGGCCGGGUCCCGACGGCGGCGGCCGGAGCAGCGGCGGCAGCAGCAGCAGCAGCAGGAGCAGGAGCAGCAGCGGGAGCCCGGCUCUAGGAUGAAGUUCAAGCCCAACCAGACGCGGACGUACGACCGCGAGGGCUUCAAGAAGCGGGCGGCCUGCCUGUGCUUCCGCAGCGAGCAGGAGGAUGAGGUGCUGUUGGUGAGUAGCAGUUGGUACCCAGACCAGUGGAUUGUCCCAGGAGGAGGGAUGGAGCCAGAGGAGCCCGGCGGUGCUGCUGUGAGGGAAGUACAUGAAGAGGCUGGAGUCAAAGGAAAAUUAGGCAGACUCCUGAGAAUAUUCGAGAAUCGAGACCGGAAGCAUAGAACAUAUGUCUAUGUUCUGACAGUCACUGAAAUAUUGGAAGACUGGGAAGAUUCUGUGAAUAUAGGAAGGAAGAGAGAGUGGUUCAAAGUAGAAGAUGCAAUCAAGGUUCUGCAGUGUCAUAAGCCUGUCCACGCAGAGUAUCUGGAAAAACUAAAGCUGGGGUGCUCGCCAACCAAUGGGAAUUCCACCAUCUCUUCCCUCCCGGACAGCAACGCCUUGUUUGUGACUGCUGCUGCACAGCCCCCUGGGGUGCUGUCCAGUGUAAGAUAG